AUGGAUUGGCUCAUUGCUUCGACAGGGGACGUGAUGGGGGGUGGGCCACGCGAUGUCGCCGAACAUUUCAUGGAGCUUCAUUCGUCCAGAAUACUUGCAGACGAUAGGAACAGACAUCACUCGCCACCACGUGACUAUUUGCAAUCAGAGUUGAAGGUGGAAGACGUGAUUUCAUACUUGGAGAGGUUACGCGAGCGGGUGGAGCGCGUAGCUCCACCAUCGAGACGGACCCAGGAAACGCAGACUGUGCCAGCAGCUUUAUUGCCAGUUACUUCUACUUUUUUACUUCAAGAACUACCAUCUGCCCCUGCACAGCAACAUUUACACCAGAAUACCACGACGAUGUCGUCGGUGCCGCCCAGUGUGAAACGAUAUACCUGCCCUUACUGCCCAUACGGAACGGAUCGUCGCGACUUGUACACCCGACAUGAGAACAUCCAUCGCGAGGAAAAGCCGUUUCAUUGCUACAUCUGUUACAAACCGUUCAAUCGUGCCGAUCACGUAAAGAAACACUUCCUGCGAAUGCAUCGCGAGCAUGGUUACGAGUUAUCGAGGAUACGCAGGCCAGCCGGAUCAAGUUCAACGAGAACAAGAGAACCUCUUCAACAAGAGCCAGGAACAUCGAACGCUGGAAACGCGAACACACAGAGUGGACAACAACAGCAACAGCAACAGCAACAGCAGCAGCAGCAGCAGCAGCAGCAGCAGCAGCAGCAACAACAACAUACCAGUUACGCGUCAGGUUUCAACAAUAAGAAUUAUCAAUUGCAGCCGAAUCCUAGUAACAACACGACCAGCAACACAGCAGGUAUAUAUCAGGGGACGUCGAUGCCUGCACCUGGAAUUAUGCAACCAGACGGAGCGACCUGCAGUAGUACGGGAAGAAGGAUGCAGAAUGGUGGCUGCAAUAGCAAGAGUCAUCUUAAGGGUGGCUCUAAAAGUAAUCAGGAACGGAGGUACACUUGUUGCUACUGUUCCUGGAGCGGAGUGGACAACUGGUGCCUGAAGCGUCACCUGAACACACAUCUGAAACCGUUUGCGUGCACUCUUUGCGAAUACAAAGCAGCGCGUGCCGAGCGUCUAGCCACUCACGUGCUCAAGGUGCACAACAGACGACAAUGCUCAAGGUGCUCGUUCCUCGGCGAAGACGCAGGCCAGUUACAGAUGCACCAGUUGCACGUUCACCGUAUCAGCAGCGCUAACUCGCCCGCGACCUCCACAGCUCAAGCUGCGCCACCGCCCACUAAUCGCCAUCAACAACCACUACAUCCCGCGGGAGGAGGGCGGCCACCACCUGGUCCACCAGUUUUCCCAGCGCCGGCUCCAGCCAUUGCACCUGCCACUACCGUCAUACCACCGACGACAAUACUCGGGUAAGCAUCCCGCCAACUUUCCCUAGUUCCUGCG